GGCCUGUGCUGGAAGGGGCCGCCGGAGCCGGGGCAGACACCGAGGGGCAGGGAGGAGCCGUCCGCCCCGUUUCCUGGGCCGGCAGCCCGGUGCUAUAAAGGGGGCCCGCGCCUCCUCUCCGGGUCUCUUCCCGACGAUGCGAAACCGGGCCCGGCCCCCGCGCCCGCCCCGCGGCCUCUGAUUCGCCCCCGCCGGGACGCGCCGAGCCGCGGCGGCUCCAGCGAGGCGGGCAUGGGACCCAGAGCGGCGGCGGCGGCGGCGCUGGCCGUGGCCGUGGUGCUGGCGGCCUGGUGCGGCCGAAGCCGAGGGGAGAUUUGCAAAAGCAUGGACAUUCGCAACAACUUGACCCGGCUGAACAUGCUGGAGAACUGCACUGUGAUUGAGGGCCACUUGCAAAUAUUGCUGAUGUUUAAAACCAAGCCUGAAGAUUUCCGUGAGCUCAGCUUUCCUAAGCUGACCAUGAUCACAGACUACUUGCUGCUUUUUCGUGUGUAUGGCCUGGAGAGUUUAAAGGGCCUUUUCCCCAACCUCACUGUGAUUCGAGGAACUCACCUGUUUUUUAACUAUGCCCUGGUCAUUUUUGAAAUGGUUCAUCUGAAGGAGAUUGGGCUCUACAACCUGAUGAACAUUACCCGGGGUGCUGUCCGGAUUGAGAAGAACAAUGAAUUAUGUUACUUGUCAACCAUUGACUGGUCAAGGAUUUUGGAUUCUGUAGAAGACAAUUACAUCGUGGCCAACAAGGAUGACAAAGAAGAGUGUGGAGAUGUGUGUCCAGGAACAGUGAAAGGGAAGAGCAAUUGUCCUCCUACUGUGAUAAAUGGCAUCUUUAUUGAGCGCUGCUGGACCCACGAUCGCUGUCAGAGAGUUUGUCCACCUGCCUGCAAGUCCCAAGGCUGCACCUCGGAUGGUCAGUGCUGUCACAGCGAAUGCCUCGGGGACUGCACGGAGCCAAACGACCCCGAAAAAUGCGUGGCCUGCCGCAACUUCUACCUUGAAGGGAGGUGUGUGGACACCUGUCCCCCCGGGCACUACCGCUUCGAGGGCUGGCGUUGUGUCACCUUCAGCUUCUGCCAGGAACUGCACAACAAAUGCAAAAACGCCCGGGAGUCGGGUUGUCACGUCAUCCACAACAACGAGUGUGUUCACGAGUGCCCCUCAGGGUACAUCAUGAAUUCCAGCAACUUGCACUGUACACCCUGUGCCGGGCCCUGCCCAAAGGUUUGUGACUAUGGCAAAGAGAAGACGAUCGAUUCGGUGACAUCGGCCCAGGAGCUCCGUGGCUGCACAAUUGUUAAUGGGAGCUUAGUUAUAAAUAUCCGUGGAGGAAAUAACAUAGCAGCUGAGCUAGAAGCAAAUCUUGGCUUGAUAGAAGAAAUCUCAGGGUACCUAAAAAUUCGCCGCUCUUACGCCUUGGUUUCUCUGUCUUUUUUUCGUAAACUACAUCUGAUUAGAGGAGAAACACUAGAAGCUGGGAAUUAUUCAUUUUAUGCCUUGGACAACCAGAAUCUUCGCCAACUCUGGGACUGGAGUAAACACAACCUCACUAUUGCACGAGGCAAACUCUUCUUCCAUUAUAAUCCCAAACUGUGUUUGUCAGAAAUUCACAAGAUGGAGGAGAUCUCUGGGACUAAGGGACGUCAGGAAAGGAAUGACAUAGCCCUGAAGACAAAUGGUGACCAAGCCUCAUGUGAAAACGAAUUGCUGAGAUUUUCUUCCAUUAGAACUUCUCAUGACAAGAUCCUGUUGAAGUGGGAGCCCUACUGGCCCCCUGAUUUCCGUGAUCUCCUGGGAUUUAUGCUUUUUUACAAAGAAGCUCCGUACCAAAACGUGACGGAGUUUGAUGGCCAAGAUGCUUGUGGGUCAAACAGCUGGACAGUUGUAGAUGUGGACCCACCCCCACGGUCAAAUGAACCCAAAGCCCAGGCCCAGCCAGGUUGGCUUCUGAGGGGCUUGAAGCCAUGGACUCAGUAUGCUGUCUUUGUGAAAACUCUGGUCACCUUCUCAGAUGAACGGAGAACAUAUGGUGCAAAGAGUGAAAUCAUCUACGUCCAGACCAAUGCUACUGUUCCCUCAGUCCCAUUAGACCCCAUAUCAGUUUCCAACUCAUCAUCCCAAAUCAUUCUGAAGUGGAAACCACCCUCGGAGCCCAAUGGGAACAUCACACACUACCUGGUGUUCUGGCAGCAGCAGGCAGAGGACAGUGAGCUUUAUGAACUUGAUUACUGCUUAAAGGGACUAAAGCUGCCCUCGAGGACGUGGUCUCCUCCUUUUGAAUCCGAAGAUCCUCAGAAGUAUAAUCAAAGUGAAAAUGAGGAUGUCACUGGAGAAUGUUGUUCCUGUCCUAAAACAGACUCUCAAAUACAGAAGGAGCUGGAAGAGUCAGCUUUCCGCAAGACAUUUGAGAACUAUCUUCACAAUGAGGUUUUUGUCCCCAGGCCAUCGAGGAAACGCCGAGACCUUGGCUUGGUGGCCAACGCCACGGUGGUGAUGCCCACCAUCCCAACCUCUCCCAACGAUUCAGCAGCAGCAGCUGAGAAUGCAGAGGAACAGAAACCCUUUGAAAAAGUGAAGUCCAAGGAGUCGUUGGUUAUCUCAGGCCUGAGGCAUUUCACCGGGUACCGCAUCGAGCUCCACGCCUGUAACCACGAUGCUCAGGAGUCGCGGUGCAGCGUCGCAGCCUAUGUCAGUGCCAGGACCAUGCCAGAAGCUAAGGCUGAUGACAUCGUUGGCCCAGUUACCCAUGAGGUGGUUGAAAAAAACACAGUGCAUUUGAAGUGGCAGGAGCCAAAGGAGCCAAAUGGUCUGAUCGUGCUCUAUGAAGUGAAUUAUGGACGUCUUGGGGAGACAGAGGAAGCACACUACUGCGUUUCCAGGAAGCAUUUUGCCACUGAGCAGGGCUGCAGACUCCGUGGAUUGCAGCCUGGAAACUACAGUGUCAGGAUACGAGCUACAUCACUGGCUGGAAAUGGCUCCUGGACAGAACCAACCUAUUUUUAUGUGGCUGAUUAUUUGAAUGCUCAGCCUAAUAUUGCUGUUAUAAUUGUUCCCAUCAUUUUUGCCAUAAUAAUUGCUGGAAUCAUUGGAGCUGCUUAUGUGCUUGUGAAAAAGAGACAAACUGAAGGACCAACUGGACCACUCUACGCAUCCUCUAACCCCGAGUAUCUCAGCGCCAGUGAUGUCUAUGUCCCUGAUGAAUGGGAGGUGCCACGAGACAAGAUCACUCUCCUCCGAGAGCUGGGCCAGGGCUCCUUUGGAAUGGUGUAUGAGGGAAUUGCCAAGGAUAUUGUGAAGGGAGAGCCUGAGACUCGUGUCGCCGUGAAGACCGUCAACGAGUCUGCGAGCCUCCGCGAGCGCAUCGAGUUCCUGAAUGAAGCUUCUGUCAUGAAAGGGUUCAGCUGCCAUCAUGUGGUUCGCCUCCUCGGGGUGGUCUCCAAAGGGCAACCCACGUUGGUGGUCAUGGAGUUAAUGGCACAUGGAGAUUUGAAAAGUUACCUUCGCUCGUUGAGACCUGAUGCUGAGAAUAACCCUGGUCGUCCACCACCCACUCUGAGGGAGAUGAUCCAGAUGGCUGCAGAGAUUGCUGAUGGGAUGGCUUAUCUCAAUGCCAAGAAGUUUGUUCACAGGGAUCUUGCAGCUCGUAACUGCAUGGUUGCAGAAGACUUCACUGUAAAGAUUGGAGACUUUGGCAUGACCAGAGAUAUCUAUGAGACGGAUUAUUACCGUAAGGGAGGCAAAGGACUGCUGCCUGUGAGGUGGAUGGCACCUGAGUCAUUGAAGGAUGGGGUUUUCACUGCUUACUCUGAUGUCUGGUCAUUUGGUGUUGUCCUCUGGGAAAUCAGCAGUUUGGCAGAGCAGCCCUACCAGGGACUCUCCAACGAGCAGGUGCUAAAGUUUGUCAUGGAUGGAGGAUACCUGGAUCAGCCAGACAACUGCCCCGAGAGGCUGCACAGCCUGAUGCAGAUGUGUUGGCAGUACAACCCCAAGAUGCGUCCUACCUUCAUUGAGAUCAUCGAGAUGCUGAAGGAGGACCUGCACCCCAGCUUCCAAGAGGUCUCCUUCUUCUACAGUGAGGAGAACAAACCUCUGGAAACAGAGGAGUACGAGAUGGACUUCGAGAACAUGGAGAGCAUUCCCCUCGAUCCCUCCUCGUACUCACAGAGAGACAAAGUCCUGGGGAGGGACAAUGGACCCUCCAUGGCCCUCAAGGGGAACUAUGAAGAGCACAUACCUUACACUCACAUGAACGGUGGCAAGAAAAACGGGAGGAUCCUCUCCAUGCCCAGGUCAAGCCCUUCCUAACACUUCCUGUUUGGCCCAAGGGUUGCAUCUGCUUUUUUCCCCUCCACAAAUCUCAGGACUCUUGUUAUUGCUGCCACAGCGGAUGACACACAUCGAGGAACUCUGCAGAUUUUUAAUCAUCUUAAUGAUUAAUAUUCUUUGUUGUUGUUUUGUUUUUUUGCCAAGUUGACUGGUUGUCAGUGGACUUAUCCGUGAACAUAAAUUGAACAUAAAUGGAAGAGGUUUCCAUGGCUGCUGUCCCUUCUGUAACCAUGGUUUCAAAACAGGAAGCAACGGUGUAAGUUAAACCCAAGGAGGAGCCUCCACGUUUGCCAACACCAAAAAAAAAAACCACAAAAAAACCCACCCAGACAUGAAAUUUGCUGGUGUCUGAGCUACAGUGUGUAACGGUGCGGAACAGAACUUCUGCAGGACAAAAAAAACAAACCCAACAAAGGUUUCCAGUAGGAUUCCAGGCUUUCAGGCACACUCUUCUCUACAGCUGAAGGAUUCAACACAUCAGUCGGACGCACCAGAUCCUCAAAUUGACCAAUAGCUGCUGCUUUCCUACUUUUAAAAUGGGUUAAAAACCCAGGGGUGCGUGUGUGUGCGUGCGUGUGUGCAGUAUAUUCUGUGGGGUGUAUUUGUAUAGCAAAAAAUAGACACUUCUGGGUUUUUGUACAUAAGUUUUGUAUGUUCUCACAGAAGCUUUCCUCUUCUUGGAAGUGUGUACUUAUCUUUCCUCCUCCCCCCCCAUUUCCCUGGAGUGACUGAAUCCUCAACAGAUUAUUUUUAUACUAAGGACUCUUGGGAGUAGGUUUUCUCUCAUUAACAAAUGAGGAAAAUGUGCUGGGAGCCAAAGGAGCAGAAAUCUGAGAUUUGUGGGUACUUUCAAGACCAAACGAAGUAGGAGUCCCCUGACCUGAGCUAUAGGGAGUUUUCUGUCCUUACAGCAUUGAGUAUAUAUAUUGUUUGUUGUAACAUAUUUAAAAAUGUCUUUAGUUUAAAUUUUAACUUCAUAUAAAUUAUUGACUGUUUAUGAUCCUUUUGGGGAAGGGAGAAUGUUGGGGGAUUGUUUGGUCUUAAAGUGGUCCAAAGAUUUCAGAACUAACUCAUUUUAGCUGAAUGCCCUUUCAGGAGCUGUGAAGCACGUGUUGAGUUUAUCCUUGACAAGGCUUUCUAAAACUCUUUCCUGAUUUACACACUGCAGUCAGCUGGCUCCACUCGAAGCCCUGAGAUAAAGUAGCUGGGACUUCACUUGCUUGAUGGGGGCUGAAGGACACCAGAACAUCCCAGGCUGAGUCCUGCUACUCCUGUGCCCCCACCUCCACUUGUUUUGCCACCAAAGCAGCCAAGAGAGGAGGAGCAAGAACUCAAGCUGAAAAAAAAGAGACACUAAAGGGGAGAGCAGGAGGCUCAUGGCUCUGUGGGGAAGCAGAAGCUGGAUGGGACUGUGGUGGGCUUCCUGCUGCCCAUCUGCUGCUGCCCAGGCAUCUGGCCUCCUGCUGCCUCCAGCCCUUCCCUGCUCCUGGGAUCCCCUGCCCGCUGCUCUCAGCUCUUCAGGAUGGUGACUUUUUGUCUUCUGGACUGUGCUUUGGUAGUUUUUUUUGGGAUUUUUGCUGCUGUUUGCCUAAAAGACAGAGCUGAUUUAGAGUGAGGUGUUUAGAAAAGAAUGGUGAAACUCCAGGUUGGCUCCUGGUGAAGGUGCUGGCAGGGAGAAGUGCUAAAGCAAGGAAUGGAGAUGGGGAUGUUGCAGGUCCUUGACAUGCAGGAGGUGGUUUUAAAUGGGAGGCAGAUGCUCCAUCCUCUGCUUCCCCCCCUGGAGGAGCUUCUGCUCUCUGCCAGGAGAAAACAAACUUCUCCUGACUUGGUGGGAGUGAGGACACUGAGCUGGAAGGUGGCUUUUGAUUCCAGCCUGGGUGGUGCUGAUGGUUUCUCCCUGGAAUGGAAUGAACAAGGUUGGUCAGGAAUCUCCUCUCUGUCAGGAGAACGAUGGACUCUGAGCACCACCAGGAGCUGCUGGGCCUUUGAGCUGCUUGAAUCUGGUUGGUUUGGGCAAAGGUGGAAGGUGCAGGUUGCUCAGAAAGUUGGGUGGAAAACGGACAGUCCAGAGAUGGGUGAAGAACCUUUGAUUUCAAAAGGCCUUGUUUACAUUUCUUCUGCUUUACCAAGUAGUAACUGUUUAGCAGCUCUGUACUACACUGCAGGAAAGAAGACAUAAUUCUCACACUUUUCUAAGGAGGGGGAGUUUUUAUUAUAAGAAUUUUUUAAUUUAUUUUAAUAUAUAAAACACUGUUAAAAAAAAAAAAAAAAAAGCAACAAACAAAUUGUUUUCUUAACCACACAGAAUGUGGAAAUUUGUAUCCAUGAAAUCUUGGCAGGUGGAUGUGGUGGGAUUCUUUUUGUCCUGUUCUGGUGCAGUCUACCUCAGUGUUUCUUAAGGAUAUUUUUACUACUACGCACCUCUAAACCUGUUGAAAUAUUCUGGUCUGGACCUACUGUGGAUCAGGGAAAAUCAAUAUCAGCUGAUUCCAAUACCAGGGACCACUCACCAAAGGGAAUGGGUGGGAGAACAGCUCGUCACUGCUCAGUGCUCAUCGGAGCAGGAAUGACCAAAAUUUGGAUCUGAUGUUCUGACAGCAUCCUCUGAGUUGUGUUGUGAUUUAUUAAAAAAAAAAAAACAAAAAACAAAAGAGCCAUUUAAAUGUUUGGACUUAAAGCAAUGACUGCAAAAUGGCUUCUUUCUGGAGGAGGAUGUGCCAGCAUGGAGCAGGGGCUGUGCUGGGUUGGGGUGAAUGGGUCCUGCUGGUCCCAAAAUCCACCUUUGUCAGCAGUAUUUUGAUAAUAUUAUAAAUUAUGGUGAUCGUGACAGGGAAGAGAAGAUCUUUUCUCUAAACCAACAUUGGAACCUUGUAUUGGGUCUGGCUUUUCAACGUCUUGGAUAUUGGUUGGCCCUUUGGGGACACAGGAUUUGCAGCUGAACAAGGGAACUGAUGAUGCCUGUGGCUCUGUGGACAGCCCCUUCCCACAGCUCAUGGUGUCACCUUCACCCUGCACCAAACAGAGCACUCAUUUCUACCCAGUGCUGCUCAUCAAGACUAUUCCAAAUCAUCCUUUCUGCCUCGUGCCAAGGGCAAGGACGGGCGGAUGGUACUGGUGGUGAGGAGAUUGGUUUUGCCCCUUUUGGAAACAAACAAACAAACAAAAAAACCACCCCAAACAAACACGAGCAGUGUUCAAGAUGCCACUCUAGAAUUAGGAAGGAUAAAUGAACAUCACUUGUAAAGCCCACCUCUCACUUCUGGAAAAUCCUUUACCCUCAGCCCGCAGCUGAUGCUUUGGUCUCUGUUGUUGGAAGAACCUCACCCUGGGAGUUGCUGAAAUCCCUCGCUUGGAUCUGGCUGGUGGCUGUUCAGGGACACUGGGGUUGUGUGCACGUUGAGAUGGCACGUCCUAGGUGAAACCUUCUCUACCUGUGUUACAAAGAGCUCCUGGCCAGGAGCUCUGCUUUCCUCGGGGGAGCUGCUGCUGCUCCAAAAUCUCUUUGGGGUGAAAAUCCCGUGGCUGCGGUGGGAGCACUCACUGCUCCUCCUGCUCCUGCUGCUGCUGCUGCUGCUGCUGGGCAGGAGCCAAGUGAUAGCCAGGAGAGCUGAGUGCAAGGCUGGAGGUGGGAAGCUCUUUCUUUUCUUGAGGUAGCAUCUUCUGGAGGGUUAGAUCCUGCUUUUGUGGGCAGAGAACUUCCCGCUGGCAGCGCAGGGCAGCAGGAGGGGCUCUGCACCCUGUCCAGGAGCAGCUGAACCCUCCUGUGCUUGAUCUGGGGGCAGGGAAGGUACCAACGAGUUGCCAGAACUUUCUCUCUAAAGCUGAUGAAGCAGGAGGUGUAAGAAGCAGCUUUCUGUGCUCUGCUGUGUGAGCAGAUGUUUGAAGUGUGAGAGGUUUCUCAGACCCCUCUGCACAUGAAAUGCAGUUGCCACUUCCUGAGCACCUCUUGUAAAUCUGGUACUUCUCCUGCAGAACAGGGCAGCAGCACAAAGCUUGGCUGCUGGGUGAGCAAACGUGUCUUUCUUGGCUGCUUGUAAAUAUUCUUAUUAUGUUGUAAAAUAGAAGAGCUAAUAACAUAAACUCCGUGCCAGCACUGGCUUGGGAAAGGUGAUAGGAACUCAGCCAUGCUGCAAGGAGGAGCUUUUUGGUUGAUCAUAAAGCAGCUGUGUUGGUAUGGAAGAGGCUGCUCUUAGGUUGCUAAAGGGUACUCUUAAUUUAUGGGUAGUUUAGCUCUUUCCUCCUAAAUUUGUAUUAUAGUGGUGGGACACUUUGCUUCGUUUUAGUAUGUUGCGUAUGAUGUUGGUAUCUCUUUGGAAAAAACAAUCUCAAAGUUGCUUUACUGUGUGUUACUGACCUAACUAUGAUGAAGGCAAAUAGGCAGAGACAGGAGCAAGAUGGGUGCUGUGUCAGUCAUCCUCUGUUUUAGGAGAGGGAGAGAGACAGUGGAGUUCCCUCUUCAUGUCACUGACAGACCCUGGGGUGCUCCAGGCCCCUGGCUGCGAGCAGUGAUUCCUGAUCCCAAGACUGGAACCUUGUUCUACAAGUCAGAAAGUAAAAAAAAAAAAAAAUAAAUAAAUCUCUUUGUGCCAUAAAAACCUUACUCUCAAGGCUGUGGAUCCCCUGCUCCAUGUGAGAUUGGUUCGGAGCCUGGAGUGAGCAAGAAACUGCAGAGAAACCCUCUGGUCCUGUGGCUCAGCCUCCCUCCAAACUGCCCCUUGCUCUGGGGGGAUGCUCAGCAGGACCUUGGUCCCCUCUGUGGAACAGCUGAUGCCCCUCAUAGUUUUCCUGUGUGUGUGGUCCAGGGAAAGGAGCUGUGGGAUGGAUUAAAAUCAAGAAAAUAGUUCAGAAAUACAUGAAAUUCCAAAUAAGGUUAGUUUGGUAUUUAUAUGAAUUUUAAUUGAAUUUGGCCUUUUUUUCUGUUUUUCUUUUUUUUUUUUUUUUUAUAUAUAUUGCCUUCUGCUUGGCUCUGUGUUAACUCUGCUUGGAUUCUGUCUGUGGAUGUUGGUGUAAGAGCAUUAAUUACCAUGUUCAACCUGUUCUGUUCUGGCUUGCCUUGUCACGAGCCUCAUAAGAGUGAAGCCAAUCGUGCAAGUGACUUGGGGAGGAAUCUCCCAUUUUAAUCCAAUCUGCUGACAUUCUAUGUGGAUUUCUUUUGACAAUGAAACUGAUUGUCCUUCUCAAAAGGAAGCUCUUAUUUCUUGCAGGGUUGGCAAAUCGACUGCAGCACAAUGCAAGCUAUAAAGGGGACAGGUAGAGAAAUGACUUUUUAAAUCCUGUAUAAUAAAGUUGGUAUUAACUCCUACAGCUUUUGGUGGUGGUGUUUUGGGCAGCAGCUUUACAAAUGGCAGGAAAUGAUGUUUCUGGGAGUUGCUGAGCCUGAGUCCAGUGGUUCUGUUGAUGGAACUAAACUGGUUCUCAGUGCAGGGGGUCCAGCAGGUCAGGGGGUCCUGGGGGAGUUCUGGCAGCUGCAGAGGAACCAUUGGUGAGGCUUAAAUGUGGGCACAGAGACAGCUGAGUCCCAGUGUCACCAGUAAAGCCUGAGCUCAAAUCACCUGAGAGGCCUGAGCUGGACUUAAUGCCAAAGCUCUUCUGUUCAGCUGGAUUCUCCCAGCAGCAUCCAGCAACAUUUCCACCAUUUUAGUUUCCAAAUCCCCUGAGUGCUGCCUGAGGGGGAAUGUUCAAGAGGCCACUCCUGAAUCUGAAAAGGUGGUUUCUGAAAGGAAAAAGAGUUUCCUUCUGCUUCAGCCCAGGCAAUGAUUUUAUUCAUGGACUACCAGAACUGGUUUGUGUUUGAGGACCUGCAGGGAAGGGGUGCUGGGCAUCAGGGUUAUCAAACACAGCCCAAAGCAAAUGCUUUCUGCCUGCACUUAAAUCACCUAAAGACACCUCCAGUUCCAUGUUAAGUGAUGUUUUAUUUUUCUCUUUCUGUUCAGUCUUGCUGCUCCUACUUUUCCCCUUGCCUAUCUAAGGUUCAAAAACACAAAUAGUAUUGCAGAUACCUCUUCUCUGAAAUACAGGAUCAAAUGUGCCAUGGUUUUGGGGUUUUUUUUAAAUAAAGGAAGGGAAAAAAAGAAAAAGGAAAACCCUUCCCCCUGGACUUAUUUUUUCAGUGUUUUCAUAUAGAAGAGCCAACCAGUGACAUGUACAGAAAAUACCUUU